UAGUUACAUACAAUAACACACAUAUUAUUUAUAUUAAUAGCUAUAAUAUAUACAUGAUAUAAUUAUAUAAUAUCUCUAAAGCAGAGAAAUAAACUACAAACUAUUUUCUAGAUUGCAAAUAAAACAGAUAUUAUACUAACACGUACGAUGAAAUAUUUCAAAUGCUCGUCGAAAAAUGAAUGUUACAGUUACGAACAAUAGUAGAGGAGGGGGAGGGGGCGGCGGAGGGACUGAAGUAAAUUGAUACACACGAGGCGGAUUGAUACAGCGAAAUUAACGAAACACUGGUUGUUUGUAAACACUCGAUGAGCAACAGGUGCUCGAAGGCUGUCAAUCAACUAUUUCCUGCGACCGGCAGCAUUCGUAUGAUGGAAUCAGUUCAGUUGUUUCCGUUCUUGCGGCGCGAAACUAAAUAUUCGAGCCGCGUUCUGAACGAAUCUCGAGCCCCGGAUUCGCUUAGAGGAAGGCGCCCGGAUUCACUUAGAGAGAGAGAGAGAGAGAGAGGAGUCUGAAUUCACUUAGAGAGAGGAGUCUGAAUUCACUUAGAGGAAGGCGUCUGGAUUCACUUAGAGAGAGCAGUCUGAAUUCGCUUGGAGGAAGGCGUCCGGAUUCACUUAGAGAGAGAAGUCUGAAUUCGCUUAGAGGAAGGCGUCUGAAUUCACUUAGAGAGAGGAGUCUGAAUUCGCUUCGAGGAAGGCGUGCGGAUUCACUUAGAGAGAGAGAGGGGUCUGAAUUCACUUAGAGGGAUUUUCCUUCUCCAGCGGACCUAAGGCUUGCACUAAAGUGCAAUCGUCGGAACGGACAUUCACCAUCGUGGAUAAUGUGCUGAUAGGGAAGAAGGUGUCGUUUGAUCUGAAGUACAAAAGCGGCGGAGAAUACUUGUACGAACGGAUGAAGAAUAAUCCGAGUAUAGUUGCGCAGGUGGACGUCACCACGGACGAAGAAAAUACAUCCGAGCAGCUGCUGGAUAGAGCAGUGAGAUGCGCCCUUUGGUUGAGGAAAGAAGGCGUCAAGAAGGGAGGCGUCAUCGCAAUUUCCAUGGACAACCAUCCCGACUGCUUCGUUCCGUGCAUCGCCGCGCUUUUCAUCGGGGCGAUAUUCAACCCCUGGGAUCCGGGGAUGAAUACCAAUCUGGCGCGCCACUUCAUGAGAUUGACGGAGCCGAGGGUGGUUUUCGCGAACGAAAGAUCGACGGGGGUUGUGCUGGACGCGGCGAGGAUCGAAGGCUUCGAGCUGAAGGUGGUCACGUUCGGCGAUUAUGUCGGCACCCUGUCUUUCGCGGACGUUCUGGAGGGUCACCCGCGAUCCGCUGUGACGAGUUUCCGUUGCGAGAACGUCGAACUCGGCGAUACGGCGCAGAUACUCGUCUCUUCCGGCACCACCGGUUUGCCAAAGGGCGUCGAGCUGUCCCAUAGAAUGAUACUCUUGAACUUGGUAGACAAUGCAGCGGUGCAUCUAACUGUGAUGGCGACGCCGUUGCGGUUCAGCACCCUAUGCUGGAUCAGCGGCAUUCUGUGCAACCUUAAGAUCUUCUCUACCUCCGCGAGGAAGAUAAUCGGGCCGGAUUUCGAGCCGCAGAAGGUGUGCGAACUCGUGGAGAAGUAUAAGCUUGAAAUGCCUGUUCGUGGGUGGUGCCAUCUUGAAGCAGGAAUCUCAGGACAUGUUGCGAGAGUAUUUGCCGCAUGCGCUAGUGGCGCAAGGUUACGGCAUGACGGAAUUGGGGGGCGCCGUUGCAUCUCAAAAUCCAAAGAGUACCAGCGGUUCCUGCGGAACGGUGUCCAUCAAUUGUGAAAUGAAAAUCGUGGACGUUCAAACGGGGAAAAGUUUGGGCCCGAAUCAGCAGGGUGAACUAUGCUUGAAAUCGUCCACCAUAAUGA